UUUUGAAACAAUGCCUGUAUGCCUGUUGGUUCCGUUACGUCGCUAUGCUAUAAGCUACCACAUUGUUUGGUGCUGAUUUGCACCAAGAUUAAUUGUGGGAUACUACAUGGGAAUAGAGGAUACUAUCAGCCGUACAAAGAAUGUGUUGUACUGUCUUAAGUAGACUGAUGAAGUGAUGGCCUGCAAUGUCCUAAGAGGAAGGAUGAGGAGGUGGCACCUUAUGUACCUGCUAGCAGGGUUUUGUGGACUGUACUUUAUCUGCAGUGUGUGGAUCAUGUACUUACUAGGUAACGACAGGACGAUGGUCACCAAUCUGAUGAGUUUUAUACAUAAGACAACAAAUGACUCACCUUGCGAUGAUGUAGAUUUGUCUAGGCUAUCUAUUGUUUAUACAAAUGAUGGCAUUGGAGGUCAGUGGCAGCCUUUAUUUAGUGAUACCUGUCCUGCUGAAGAUGCUUCUGUUGAUAUUCAGAUGGAGAAGGAAUGGGACAAAAUACCAGUCAAUUACCCAAACUUUAUCUUCUCUGUGAGUGGCUGGAUUCAAGUAGUCAAAGUCAAGACAUGGACAGUGAAACCCCUUGAAGUUAUCAUAGUUCCUCACUCUCAUCAGGAUCCAGGGUGGCUAAAGACAUUUGACAACUAUUAUAUGCUGUACACUGCAUCUACACUGGAUCUAAUUGUGGAUAAACUGACCAUUCAUCGUGACUGGACGUUCAUUUGGUCAGAUGUCAUCUGGUUGGCUCGGUGGUGGUCAGAAGCAUCUGCUGACAGGAAACUCAAGCUAAAUAGAGUAUUGCGUAGUGGUCAGCUGGAGAUAGUGACUGGUGGCUGGGUGAUGUCAGAUGAGGCAACAGCUCACUAUGCAGCCAUGCUUACACAGCUCACUGAAGGUCACCAGUGGCUUCAACAAAAUCUAGGUAUCACACCAAAUGUCAGCUGGGCAGUUGAUCCGUUUGGUCACUCCUCGACUAUGACUUAUUUGCUACAAAGGUCAAACCUCCAGAAAAUGGUAAUACAGAGAGUCAGCUAUGCAGUCAAGCAACAUUUGGCAUCCGAGAAAAAUCUGGAGUUCUACUGGACACAGGCUUGGGACCAGUCCCACUCCACUGCUGGUUUAUGUCACAUGAUGCCCUUCCUUUCCUACGCUGUGCCAUUUUCCUGUGGCCCUGAUCCUCAAGUCUGCUGUAAAAUGGAUUUCACCAACAGCAAGUGUUACUAUGGACUCCAGCAGGUGCCACCCAUUCGUGUUGAUGACAGCAAUGUGGCUUACUGGUCAAAGGAACUUUGGAAACAGUUCCAGAAGAAGGCAGAGUUAUAUGACCAUGGAGUGUUACUAGUUCCUCAUGGUGAUGAUUUCUACUAUAGUGAUUCUAUAGACUGGGAUAAGCAGUUUGGUAACCUCACCAAACUCAUCAACUAUAUCAAUACACAGUCACACAUGAAAACUAAGGUGAGAUUUGGAACAUUGAGUGAUUAUUUUACUUCAGUGAAUAAGAGAAUGACCCAUGACUCAUCACUAAAGAUGCCAACACUGGCUGGGGACUUCUUCACAUAUAAUGACCGAGCUGACCAGUACUGGAGCGGAUACUACACAUCCAGGCCACACCUUAAGCACAUGGCUCGUAAACUCCAGUCUCUUCUUAGGUCUGUGGAAAUUUUUUUUUCCCUGUGUCUAGCCCAGGCAAUACAUACAGGCACUGUUGAACGCAUAAUGGAGAUCCUGAGAGACGCCGUUAAGCUUCAGUCUUUCAGACAGACACUGUCUUUAUUUCAACACCAUGAUGCCAUCACAGGGACUGCCAAAAGGAAAGUUGUCAGAGAUUAUGGGGACAGAUUAAAGAGUGCUUUUAAUGGUCUUUCUGGUUCACUUGGCUCAUUGUUGGCAAAUGAGCUUAAAACAAUGAACAACAUCCAGCAUGUAGAGGUAAACUUGGCAAGUGAAUGGACUGGAUAUGACAAGCUAGUAACACAGAAAACUAUCGUAAUAGAUGGAUCACAGAACUUAUACCAGGUCCAUAUUGUGGUGUACAACAGUCUGCCACACCGGAGACAAGAUGUCGUGGUAUUACAUGUCACAGAAUCAAUGGUCAAGGUUCUUGAUCGCAGCACACAUCGCUACAUUUCUUGUCAGGUUAACCCUGUGUGGAGUACCAAUGGCGCACUUCAACUGGAUGUUUUUGAGUUGGUGUUUGAAGUAGAGUUACCUCCCCUCUCUGUCAGAACCUACGCCUUGAUCAGUGAUAGUGACCAUAUCCCAACUAUGGCCAAACUCUCAGUACCAUUGAUACAAAUUACAGAUUUCAGGGAUGUGGAUAGUCCAGGCUUCUCCUUAUCAGCUGUAAAGGAUGUAGUUUUCACUAUUGAGAGUCCAUACCUGUUAGCAACAUUUGCUACCUGUACAGGGAAACUGCAAUAUACCACUAGGAAAUCUGAUGGGCAGACAUUGAGAUCAGAGGUCAAGUUCAUGACCUAUGGAACAGGAUCAAAGUACAAUGUCUUCAAAGAUAAAAGUGGAGCUUAUACCUUCCAACCAGACGGUCAGGCAGAGCCCCUACAAGAUGGCAGUGUGAAAGUUUACAUAGUUGAAGGUCCUGUAAUGUCCAAGGUUCUAACUGUCCAGUCUGGCAUUGUUCACACCAUAACUCUUUACAACAAUUCUGCUGCUGUUUAUGUGGACAAUAUUGUGGACAUGAGUGGUAGUCAGUGGAACAACAUUGAGCUGGUGCUACGGUUGAACACAGCAGUAAUGGACCCUGAAAACAAACUCUGUGUGGAUCUUAAUGGGUUCCAGAUGCAUAAAAAGAAAACAAGAAAGAAACUUGAAAUCCAAGGAAACUUUUACCCGAUGACAUCUAUGGCUGUCAUAGAGACUUCUGAAGAGAGGUUAACCUUACUGACCUCAUCGACUCACGGCGUGGCAAGUUUACACCCAGGUGAACUAGAGGUGGUCCUUGAUAGAAAACUUCUUCAAGGGGACUGGAGGGGGCUGAAUGAAGGUGUCACAGACAAUGUUCCCACCCACAGUCAGUUUGUCCUGCUGUUUGAGAGACGUCAUAAAUUGCCCAUCAAGAAGGAUUCCUUGAUGUGCUACCCUUCUCCAAUGGCUAUGAUACUAUCAGAUACUUUGGAACAGCCACUUGACAUACUGAUCACUGGAAAAAGGUCUGAUCCAGCCCAGCUGGUUAAAGCAGGAUUGGACCUGCCUUUCCCACCACUUCCAUACCACACCCAGUUGGUUGCAUUAAGGAGUCUGUUUAUGGAAGGUGGCAACAGGUCACACGCCUUAUUAUCAAUUCAUCGGAGGGUGGCAGACUGUGGCUUUCUGUGUUUCACUAAGCAGUGUCAUUCUCAGUCAACUGAUUUUAUUGAUCUUGCAAAUCAUUCCAAAUCAAUAUUCAUUGACUCCAUGGAGGAAACAAUCUUAACUGGGGUUAAGGUCAAACAGAAGAUCAAGGACAAGAGAAUUAGUGUUCCUCCCAUGGAAAUCAAGGCCUACAGAAUCACCUUCAUUUAGUAGAAUCAUUGACCUAGAAUCUCCUUCAUAAUAUGGCAAAACGAGGAAAUAGAAUCUACUUUGGAAAGUGGAAACAGGAGGACCCUAGAAUCUCAUUCAUACAGUGGAAACAGGAGGACCCUAGAAUCUCAUUUAUACAGUGGAAAAAGGAGGACCCUAGAAUCUCAUUCAUACAGUGGAAACAGGAGGACCCUAGAAUCUCAUUCAUACAGUGGAUUUAAUGAAAACAUGAGGAUCUAGAAUCUCAUUUACAUAGUGGAAACAGUCGAGCCUAAAAUCUCCUUUACUAAGUAUAAAUAGUGAAGUCUAAAAUCUCCUUUACGUAGUGUAAACAAGGGAGUCUAAAAUCUCAUUUAGGUAGUGUAAACAAGGGAGUCUAGAAGUUCCUUUACGUAGUGUAAACAAGGGAGUCUAGAAGUUCCUUUACAUAGUGUAAACAAGGGAGUCUAGAAGCUCCUUUACGUAGUGUAAACAAGGGAGUCUAGAAGUUCCUUUAUGUAGUGUAAACAAGGGAGUCUAGAAGCUCCUUUACGUAGUGUAAACAAAGGAGUCUAAAAUCUCAUUUAGGUAGUGUAAACAAGGGAGUCUAGAAGUUCCUUUAUGUAGUGUAAACAAGGGAGUCUAGAAGUUCCUUUAUGUAGUGUAAACAAGGGAGUCUAGAAGUUCCUUUACAUAGUGUAAACAAGGGAGUCUAGAAGCUCCUUUACGUAGUGUAAACAAGGGAGUCUAGAAGUUCCUUUAUGUAGUGUAAACAAGGGAGUCUAGAAGUUCCUUUACGUAGUGUAAACAAGGGAGUCUAGAAGUUCCUUUACGUAGUGUAAACAAGGGAGUCUAGAAGUUCCUUUACGUAGUGUAAACAAGGGAGUCUAGAAGUUCCUUUACGUAGUGUAAACAAGGGAGUCUAGAAGCUCCUUUACAUAGUGUAAACAAGGGAGUCUAGAAGUUCCUUUAUAUAGUGUAAACAAGGGAGUCUAAAAUCUCCUUUACGUAGUGUAAACAAGGGAGUCUAGAAGUUCCUUUACGUAGUGUAAACAAGGGAGUCUAGAAGCUCCUUUACGUAGUGUAAACAAGGGAGUCUAAAAUCUCCUUUACGUAGUGUAAACAAGGGAGUCUAGAAGUUCCUUUACGUAGUGUAAACAAGGGAGUCUAGAAGUUCCUUUAUGUAGUGUAAACAAGGGAGUCUAGAAGUUCCUUUAUGUAGUGUAAACAAGGGAGUCUAGAAGUUCCUUUACAUAGUGUAAACAAGGGAGUCUAGAAGCUCCUUUACGUAGUGUAAACAAGGGAGUCUAGAAGUUCCUUUAUGUAGUGUAAACAAGGGAGUCUAGAAGUUCCUUUACGUAGUGUAAACAAGGGAGUCUAGAAGUUCCUUUACGUAGUGUAAACAAGGGAGUCUAGAAGCUCCUUUACGUAGUGUAAACAAGGGAGUCUAAAAUCUCCUUUACGUAGUGUAAACAAGGGAGUCUAGAAGUUCCUUUACGUAGUGUAAACAAGGGAGUCUAGAAGUUCCUUUAUGUAGUGUAAACAAGGGAGUCUAGAAGUUCCUUUAUGUAGUGUAAACAAGGGAGUCUAGAAGUUCCUUUACAUAGUGUA